UUAUAUUUGUUCCCAUAGGCGCGAUUUUUCUUCUACGUAUUUGAUGAUAUCACGUUUACUCGAAUUUUUAGUAAAUUCCUACCUCCAGCCUUAUUCCUGCGUGCAGUGAAAUAUAGGACGUUUAGCGUUCGGUAAAGUUUUGAGGUUAAAAUGCUUGUCACAGACAGACCGAUGGGCAGCAUCUUCAUGUAAGUUUUAAGACUCAACGAAAAAGACGAAACGUAUUGCAGUUUCUUUGCUAAGGACAAAGAAAGUUAAGGAAUAACAAAAUUCAAGCGCCUUGACAACUGCGUGAUGUCUGGAACGUGAUCUACUUUGUCUGUAUCUAUGCAGCCAACUACGACGGUAGCUGGAAAGGGCGAUAGGAUGCGAGGAAAGCCUCAGGAAGUUCUAACUCACGGAAAAGGGGCACCCACCCUAGGCGACUGAGCCAACCCCUACCAUUAACAUUAACCGAGCAUAUACAGGGUGUUUGCAGAAGCAUUACCGAUCAUUUAAAAAACAGUGAUUCGGCUUUUCUUUAUUCCGGGUUCGUGUCGUGCAGACUGCACACACUGACCAACCUUUUGGCAUUAAUUUACAAGGUAUACAAUUUUGAAGACCGAAAGAGUAUCGUUGAGACGAAUACAGGAUCAGAGUAGUCAUACUUGGGAUAGCAAGGAGUGGCGUGCAGUGGAGUGGAGUGGAGAGGCGUAAACUCCUGGAUACCCGUCGAGCCGUAGAACAAGGGGAUGCUGGAGAGAUCCGUCUAGAGGUCGACGGAAGGAUUGGUAGAUAUAACGAGGAGAAAGGUUAUCCAAGACGAUGUAGGUAAAUACGUGCAGAGAGUACACGAAAGAGUAACAGUGAAGAAAGAAGAGGGACGAGGAGAGCAACGACGGAGAUGACGUACAUAGAGAAACCACACGUUGGCGACUACAUAGCAGAGAAAGUCGACAGACAUGUGGAGGUUGGUAGACCGUGUGUGUAUAUAGAUAUAGGAAGGUGGCUGUGGCAUUUGGAUGGGUAAACGGAGAUCCUCCCUACGGAUGAUCCCGCCUCUAAGGAGUCCUGCGUCGAGCCUGAACCGAGAACGAAGUAGGGGGUGAAAACAGGCUGGGCGCAACGGGCCCGGCGCAGGCUCCGAUACAGCCAAUCGUCGGACCGCGACUGAUAACGCUGCCAAAUGUGCGUCCGUCGCCGUGGCCGGGUCCGCGGGUCCACGCGCUAACACCAUCUCACCCCGUUUACACGGAGCGGCAUCGUCCUCAGGCAUUCCGGGCAUUCUACCUCGACCGAGUCCUUCAUCCGCCUCCAUAGUCCUGCCGUCGCGUCUCCUCACGUUUCCUUAACUUGCGCGGACGUGACGUUACCGUGGAGUGGAUCGGUAGCUACUAUUAUUUAUUAUUUACCCUCACCCUAGCCAACACUCUCUCUUUCUCUAUUGCGUACUACUUGUCGACUGCUCGCGUCAUCUUCUCCCGGGUGCUCAUUUCGUUUUUACCACCUUCUUAUAUCUAUCCUACACACGUGUAUACAAGCUUGCUUUUUUUAUUUGUCUCUCCUUAUUUCAUUAUUCUUCUUUUACGUUUUGUAUAUCCAUUACUUCCUGGAGAACGGACAAGACGGAACGGGGAUCUGGACAGGAGGCUGCAGCAGCGCGGGAGCCCGCACUGACGGGGCAUUUUGGUGAUGUACGACAGCGCUAGCUGUUCGUACGCAGGUGCGCUCGAUCUAAAAGGACCGGGUGGAGCCGGUGCCGGAGCCGGGGCUGCGGCCGCGGCCGUGGCCGUCUCCGGGACUGGUGUCAAGCAGGAAAAUUGGCCUUACCGGGGUCUGGCGUGCGGCAGCACGUUUCAGCAGCUGAAGCAAAGUGUCGAAAAGGCCAAGCAGGCCCUUGCUGAUCGCGGUGGCUAUCUUGCUGGAGCAUUUUCACCACCACCGCGCGCCAACCCUUCCGCCAUUUCGCCAACAGCUUCCAUCACUGAUGCCAGCAGUUCGUAUAAGGGAGGCUGGAGUCACGCCGCGUCACCUGCCCCUGGACAGGGAUACGGGAGCGGCCUGUCGAAAUCAGCACUGGACACGCAUUCCCACCUCAGGCAGCCUGAUCCAUACCAAAUGUUCGGUGCGACAAGCAGUCGCCUCGCUAGCUCAGGUUCUGGUCAGAUUCAACUUUGGCAAUUUUUACUUGAACUCUUGUCCGACUCGAGCAACGCAGCCUGUAUCACGUGGGAAGGUACCAAUGGCGAAUUCAAGUUGACGGAUCCUGACGAAGUUGCGAGACGAUGGGGCGAAAGAAAAUCAAAGCCCAAUAUGAAUUACGACAAACUCUCUAGAGCAUUGAGGUACUACUACGACAAGAACAUCAUGACGAAGGUCCACGGGAAACGUUACGCCUACAAGUUCGACUUUCAGGGUCUCGCGGCGGCGACGCAACCUGCUGCUGCCGAUCCUGCGGCUUAUAAAUAUCAGAGCGAACUCUUCAUGUCGGGAUACGGACACGCCAAGUUGAAUCUAAUGCCACCACCGGCGGCAUCGGUUUCCGUUUCCGUCCCUGGCGGACUCUUCCAGUCGGCAUCCAGCUACUGGUCCAGUCCUGGUGCGAACCUCUACGCCGGUCAUCAUACAGCCUCUGGACACGUUCCGCCUCAUCUCGGCACGUACCCACACUACGCAUGACCCACCGCCGAACACUGGGGUGCCCUGGGGACACCUCGCUGAGACACAACCUGACCCUGAUCGUCGUGCACCCGUGUACUCGUACCUAAGUACUCUUGUGCUGUGCUACACCGUGCCAUUCUUGUACAAGUUAAACCCGUGACCAGUUAUGAGCCGCGAACGAAUCCUUUUUUUUUCGGGGAGCCCAUUAUUGUCCCUUUGAACCUUGUAUACCCCCACACUCCCUCGAACCCCCCGAACUCUCUGUCAUAAUUGUUUCGACCCUUGUUCCUUUAUCUAUACCAUCUUGGAAGAAUCUUACGAAUCAGAUAAAUCGGAAACACGGUGGCGUUAUCGAACUCUUUCGAGCGGAUACGACAAUGCGUUACGCAGUGUAAGAACGUUGUACAUAUAGAAUGAUUGUACUCGCAUACGGGUGAAUCCCGGAGUACGCGUGUGGAUAUAUGGACAUCGACUCGUGAGCCGACGGGGUGUCCGAUGAUGAACUUCAGAAUCACUGUGCAUCGUCCUGGAUCAGCCGUCGGUACGCGUAGUAGGUUUAAGGUAUAAAUAAUGCGUGUAUUAUAAAGUCUUUUAACUUAUUUGUUAUAUCGGGUGCGUUUGUCAAGCAUCUGGGUGAUGGUAAUUCUGCGAUCGAUUAUUGUUAUCCAAUUGACGUCAUUUUGCCUGUUUUUUUUUUAGAGUGCGAAGGAAAAAACAAUUAAUUUUUUGAUUUCAUUGGAAGUGGGAUUUAUCGAAGUUAUUUGGUAUCUGGAUCAAAUUUUGGAAGACUUGUGAUUCUCAUGUAUAAUCGAGAUUUGUAUAUAAUGGGGUAUGGGUAUGGGGUCUGUUCUAGGAGUAACCUUUUCUCUUGUGGAUGAUUACUCGGAUGCUGUGACUGCGCGAUGAUUAAAAUGUACCUCUGUCGAUGAAACGUAACUCCUAAGACGUAUAUUGUACCAUACCACUCAAUAAGAUGUAAGCAGUACGAUAAAAUUAAUUAUUUAGCACUGUAUCGGUGUUCCACUAGACCAGUUAGCAAUCAGUUUUGGAACGGAAAUUGUCUGGUACAUCGUUUCUAAACUGGUUCUGUGAAACACUGGCCAGCGACCGAUGUAGAUAGAGUGUUUUCAUGUGUAGCGUUAGGCGUUUAGAGAAUCUAGUCCUAGAGCGAGAGAAAGUGGAAAAUUGAAAGAGUGAGAGUCAACGAGAAAGUGAGUGCGAAUGAAUUUUAAAUGAGCGACGAAUGCAAUAGAGAGAAAGAGAGAGAGGGGGGGGGGAUGAUUAAAACAAAAAAUGCAUGUGUCCUCCGGAAUUUUCAAAAUAAUUUCAACACAGGACACCAGUGACGCAACUGACGCCGACGCCAGGAAUGACCAGGGUGAGAGUGAUGAUGACGAUGAAGACAGUUAUAAUGAUGAUGGCGAUGAUGGAUGAGCAAGGAUGGCUGAUUCUAAUAUAGGCUACGAUAGGUUAGGUAGAUAAGCGACCCCCCUUUCUAACAGCGAGAAACGGCAAAAGGUGUAGGAGGGCCGCUGUUGUUGUUCUUGUUGUCGUGCGCUUGUAUUAAAGUCGCCAUGUUCUAAUUAAACGGGCCGACGGGGUUGUAUCAGUCGUCGGCAAAAUCAAUGUGCUUUGUGUUGGGGCUGUAGAAUGUAAACGAAAUGCCCAGACGUCGGUGUCGGUGGUGGCGGCGGCGGCGGUGGCGUCGGCGUUGGCGGGAUACUCUUGCCGUCGGUUGGCGAAUUGCUCGGGUUGCCAUGGAGAACCCUUGGGGUAUCCUGGCAGAGAGGCGGGACCAACGGGAAACCCCUCUUUCGGGAAAUUCGUGGCGUCGCUGAAACUGCUGUGCUGCAGGAGCUUAGCCCUGGCUCAGCUAAUCGAUUCUGCUACCAAUCAGCGCCCGCGCUCUCCUCCUUUGGUUCUCCACUCUUUUCUCCUUCACUGGAGGUGACCUCCUCCCUCCAUCCUCGUACAACUAUAGCACGUACCACUCCUCACCCUCUUAUUCUCUCCUAUAUAUUAUGUGCGACCUUCUUCUACCUCGACUUAUACUUUGGUAUCUACCUAUCUCCACCUACCUUCUACUGCCACAUCGACCCUCCAAAACCUCCCCCCUCGGCAAGACCUUUCUACCAAUACACCCUUUAGCCUACCGGAUCCGCCAUAUCUACUAUGAAUUUUACUAUUGCUCUUAUCUCCAUUUACCUUCGUCAGACUACGUAGACAAGGUCUGCGUCUUGUUGCUCUAUAGAUCCAUCAUCGAGUUACGUUCCUGGCUUCUUAUUCUUAAUUACUCUUCUUUGUUUCGGUUAUUUAAUUCAACGAGAAUUUAGUCUAGCAUCGAUCCAGUUGAACAUUCUAUUUUUACCCGUUAACAAAGUCUGUGUCUUCCGGUUAAUAAAAAUUACUGAGUGUAAUCAUUACUUUAAUAUUCUGUGAAAAUAAUUAAAUGUCACGCAGGAAUAUUCAGAGAUGAAAUUCCGCUAAAUAUCCUUGUGAUCUCAACAAGAUGACAAUAGAUACUGAAAUGUUGUAAUUGCCAUUAUUUAUUUUUCACCUCUUCCGCUCAAACAUUUUUUUUAGUAUUAUAUAUGUAAAUUGUUAAGGUAGUCAUAUAUUUCUAUGAAUAUUGUAAUCUAUAAAUACUAUGAUACGGACAAUUA